UGUCACCCGGGUCCUGAUCACGUCAUGAACGUCAACGAACCGGCGAUAUUCGUCACCAAGCCUCAGCCAUACCUGGCCACCCUUAUGACCAAUGUUAUCCCGGGAACUCGUAUCAUCCAGCUACAGGCCUAUGACCCUGAUGAAGGAGCGGUUGUCGGGUACAGUCUGACGUCAGUUACACCAAGCGAGUACUUUAAUCUCUUCGAGCUGAGAGAGGCUGUAGGUGCUGAUGGUCUUCCAUACUGCGAGAUUCUCACAAGCAGCUCGCAGUCUCUGCCGGAGGGCAAGUAAUCAACAUCACUGUCACAGCCAAGGACAAGAACUCGGCAUCGGGUGCCACGACCACGACGGUCAGCGUGCUGGUAGGACUCCGACCCCCGCAGUUCAUGGAGUCCCUCUACUGGGGCUACGUCCUGCAGAACAACCACCCCCAGCAAAUGGUUUACGCACAAGCAGAUGGUAGCAGGGGACUUACAAUAGAGAGCAAGUUGUUCCAGCCUGAUGAGCCAGUCACCUACAGCCUGCUGGACUCCACGGGCCUUCCCUCCGCUGACUUUGCGGUGGACGAUGAUGGACUUGUCAUAAACCUACAUACAAUAGACUACGAGAACCCGCCAGCUCCUCUGGCACAGCUGGAGGUCAGAGCUGUGCAAGCUGUGGGGACUGUGCAGCUGACCAGCAUUGCUUCCGUAUUUAUUCGGAUUGGAAACAUCGAUAUCGGCCCGCAAUUCGAAACGCCUCAAUACGUGACAACAGUGCCAGAGGACACGCCUGUAACCACACAGAUAUUAGAAGUGAAGGCUCGGGAUUACACGAAUGCCAACGCAGAGAUCAGCUACAGUCUGAAUGAUGCAGGGAAUUUCUCCAUUGUGACUGAAUAUCGCAACGGCUUCUACGUGGGAAUCAUCUCGAUAGAAGAGCGGCUGGACUACGACAGAAUACCUACUCAUUAUUAUGAAUUUGUUGUGGUGGCUGCUGUUAACGGGCAGCCAACCUCCAGAACGAACUCAGCAAGUGUGCGCGUGUAUGUCACCAAUGUCAAUGACGAGGCUCCUGAAUUCGUCCACAUGCCAGGCAAGAUCUUCAACAUCUCGGUGAAUCUUCAGCCAGGCUCGGUGGUCACGCAGUUUCUGGCUUUUGACCGCGACGGAGACGGAGUGAGCUACAAUUUUACCGGUUGGUAAACGGAGGAGCCGUCC